UUUCAUGCCAGGUCGACAAUUGAACGGCUGUUCAUACAGGCUUGACGAGCUAUUGUUGUUAAUGGAUGGAUACGUCAUAAUGGCCAAACGGUCUGUGUGUGAAAGCUCCAGCCGAAUUGAUGACAUCCAUUUGUGAUUGUGUGAGGGUUUUAUGCACGUAUGAUACAUGAUCACUGUUGAUCAGCAGCAGCUGGGGAUAUAGGUUUCUCAUUGAUUCUGGUGAAAAACAUUAUGCUGGAUUAAAAGUGAACUAUACCAAGUCAAAACAAGUGAAUAUCUGGAAGACAUGGAAUUUGACGAAUACUUCUAACAAAGAAUGAAUGUGCCCCAGUUUCACAUACUUACAUGUAUGUAUGUAUGUGAAAACAAUUGACUCAAGGACUUUGGUUAUGUUUGCUCAGAUAUGACUGAGCAGUACUGCAACUUACCAACCUCUCAAACGUACAUAAACACUAGUAUGCACUUAUUUUAGGAGUGCAUGAGUAUAUGGGGUGUGUAGUUGUGGGGAAGUUACACGGUGAUUGCCAAGUUCAUUGUGAUCUAAUGGUGCUGGCUGGACAUAUAACAUUCCACUUCAGCUGUCUUUCGCAAGCUGUUCCUUCACACAUGUCACAAGCUUAAUCAGUUCCAAAUUUAAUAAUGUUGGCCAAACUCCGUUUUGCGUGUGCCUACAUUCGGGAAAGAUGGAUAUUCUUCUUCGGGAUAUUGGUGUUACUGUUGCUGCUACAGAUGACCGUCAGCAUGGGUUGGAUUUCUAAGAACAGUCAGAUGUUUAGUUUGUUGAAUCGCGGAAGAAUCAGAAACUUCUUCACCAUUGACAAGGACGUGUGGACAAGUCAACCUUCGCCAUUCUCAAUAUUAGAGCAAACUACACCAUUUGUCGUCCUCGAACCAAAACAAAACACAAUGCAUGUGACGGUUGUCCUGACAGCAAUGGUAAGCCCCAGUUCUACGAGACGAGUUCGUCGACCGACCUUUAUAAGGCAUGUUAACCUCACUGCAAAGACGAGUCGCCCUUCACUGGGAGCAAUCUCAGUAACAACACCUUUGGCGACUACAUUUAGGGAGAAACGACAACAGGGCUCAGAUAACAAACCAAAUCAAUCAUCAUCUUCCAUUGGCAUUUGUCCACUCAUUCCGAAAGGACUAGUUGGUCAAAUCGCCAUCAAUAUGACAGCAACAGGGUUCCUUAAUCUUGAGAGAAGUUUCACAAACUUGGAGCCAGGGGGGCUAUACAAACCACCAGAUUGUCGUUCCCGCCAUAAGGUCGCAAUUGUCAUUCCAUAUCGUAACCGAGAGAAACACUUGAAGAUCUUCCUGAACAACAUGCACCCGUUCCUUCAGAAGCAACAGUUGGAAUAUGGAAUAUAUGUUGUUGAACAGAAAGAAGGUACAACAUUCAACCGUGCCAUGUUAAUGAAUAUAGGCUUUACCGAAGCAAUGAAACAGAAGAACUAUGAUUGUACCGUGUUCCACGAUGUCGACCUCCUACCAGAAGAUGAUCGCAAUCUAUACUCAUGCCCAGAACAGCCUCGACAUCUUUCUGUUGCCAUUGAUGUUUUUGCAUACAAAUUACCCUACCAUUCUAUUUUUGGUGGUGCCAUUGAAAUGAAAAGGGAGCACUUUAGAAAAGUUAACGGCUUUUCCAACAAGUUCUGGGGAUGGGGCGGCGAGGAUGACGACAUGUCAAGCAGGGUGCAGGACAGCGGUCUACAUAUCACAAGAUAUCCUGUAAAUAUAGCUCGCUAUAAAAUGAUCCGUCAUAACAGAGACAAGGGAAACCCGGUUAACCCAAGGAGGUCUCUCACAAACAAACGGACAAAAAAUAAAACAAACUUCCUCUUUGAUGGGUUAAACAACAUGAGACACAAAGUUCUCAUCUUGGAGAAGUUAAAGCUUUACACGUUAAUCCUUGUUGAUGAUCGAGCUGAUGCGUCAAGGUUUAAAACACUACAACAUCGACGGUCUCAACACGCUGAAAUAUAACUUGGUCAAACUAGAUAAGCGGAAGCUUUUCACGUUGGUUUAUGUUGACGUGAAUGAGAGGAAGUCAUGAUGAAUUGACACCUAGUGGAAAUUAUCCUGCCACUGGAAUUUAGGGGUGGCAAUUGUGAUUUGGACUGGAAUGGGAGCUGGAUUGUAUGGUUGUGUUCUGAAUCUCCAUUGGAUAUAAGGAAAAUUUUCUCUGUACUGGUUGAGUUUUUGGACCAUCAAAUUGAAUGUUUUAAUUUGUACUAAGUGGUGAGUUCACUUCAACGAAUAUGCUUUAUUAUGAAGCGACACGUUUGUGAAUACUCAGAACUUAUCUUGGUUUGUGUAAAAGUCAAAAAUGUUACAUUAGGUAAAUUUCUUUACAUCCAGUAGAUGUUUUGCUAAUUUUACAUCCCAUUGGUGUCCAAAUCUAGAUAUCCAUUGGAUGAUUAGUACUUAAAUGGACAAUUUGGACGUGGGAGUUACCUGACCAGGAGAAUAAUACACCUGCUUGCCACCAUGCGCAGCCACUUGUUAGUAUCUAUCACACUAAUGCUGAUCUGACUCUGUAAAUGCUUUUUGGCUCACCGUAGGGGAGUCUAUACGAUACCGCAGUGUCCGUCGUCCGUCGUCGUCGUCGUCGUCGUCCGUCGUAUCCUAUUUCAAAAACAGUGGCACGUUUUUUAACCGCUAGGCCUAUGAACUUAAAACUUUGUACACAUGACCCCUAGGUCAGAUGACCCGUGACACUAAAUUUUUGUCCGAUCUGAUUCUCUACUUGGCCACCAGGGGGCCAAAUGUGGAUAUCUAAAAAGUGUGAUAUCUCGCUUAUUAGUGACUUGUUUUCAAUAAAACUUUUGUGGUAGGUACUCAUAGCAAGGAUACAUCAUAUAUCUUACGGGUUUUUAAUUUGAUCUACUUUUCAUUGGCCGUUUGAGUGUAACUAUGGCACGUUUCUCAACCACCAAAGCUAUGAGCUUGAAACUUGGUACAUAUAACCCCCUAUAUCAGAUAACCUCUGAUGCUGAAUUUCAGCCUGAUCUGAUUCUUGACUUUGCCACCAGGGGGCCAAAACAGAAAAAGUAAGAAGUGCAAUGGCCUGCUUAUUAGCAAAUUGUUUUUGAUGAAAUUUUUAUGGCAGGGACCCCUAGCAAGGUUACCUCAGAUGUUGCACGAUUUUUCGGAUUUGACCUACUUUUUAAGGUCGCAGAGGUCAAAUGGCGUAAAUUUGCUGUUUGAGUGUAACUAUGGCACGUUUCUUAACCGCAACAGUUAUUAACGUGAAACUUUGAACAAAUGACCCCCUAGGUCAGUUGACCUCUUACACUGAAUUUUGGUUCGGUCUGAUUAUUGACUUGGCCACCAGGGGGCCCAAACUCAAAACUCAAAAAGUGUGAUUUCUCGCUUAUUACUGAUUUGUUUUUGAUAAAAGUUUCAUGGUAGGUACUCCCAGCAAGGAUACAUCACAAAUCUUAUGGGUUUUUGAUUUGACCCACCUUUCAAGUUCACAGAGGUCAAAGUUGAAAACUUUACCGUUCUUGGUACGUUUUGUCGUUGUUCAAUGUAAAGAAUUUUAAUUUUGUGUAAUGAUGCAUCUAAGAAGCCACUAUUUGUAUGCCAAGUUUCAGCCAGAUCGGAAUUCAAAUAUGGCCGAAAUUGCAUGUUUUUGCAUGUUUUGUGGGUUUUUCCUCGUAUUGUGGCAAUCCAAAGGUCGUGAGUUCAAAACCCGGUCAAGGACAGCCAAAAAUAUUUUUAUUUUUCAUCUUUUCCUUUUUUUUUUUUCUGAGUUCUAUCUUACAUUUUCUUCAUUUUUUGAUUUAUUUGGUGCCAUAGAUUUAAUUAGGCGGCCAUCUUGGAAAUCGUUUUUUGCCGAUUGCUGUAGUGUAACGAGUGAUGAAAUUGUUAUGGUCAGGUGGAUGUGUCUACAUCACAUAUCACCCUGGUUUGUUAUUUGACCUACCUGUCAGGGUCACUGAGGUCAAAGUUAAAAAUAUAUAUUCACCGUGACCAUUGUCAUGGAGUGGCACGUUUCUUCACUAUCAUUUUCACCUAGACUCUACAAGCUUGGAACCACAAGUCUCGGAUUCACCACUUGGCCAGGGCCGGCUCUGAACUGGUCACAGAUGCAUGUAUAAAUUAUGAGAGGCCUACAUACUGUAGCACUUUCUGUAACUGUCUACUAAAAAUACUUACGGUGAGCACAAUGGCCCCUGGCCGUUUCAUUACCAGUGUUGCAGGUGUAUACUGAGAUAGGAUGCAGGUGUGCAUUGAGAUAGGAUGCAGGUGUACACUGAGAUAGGAUGCAGGUGUAUGGAUUAGCAGGUGAUCCACUUUGGGAUUCUUAGGAAGAAGACCCUAGGCACCGAUGUUUAGAAUAGAGUAACCUGGGCCAUAAUUCAUCAUUUAGUUGUUGUUACUUUUUUUUGUGGUGCCUGCUGUAUGAAAUUUACCAUCAUCAAUAGUCAAUAGAUCACUUGUUAUGAAUGAAUAGGAUUUUAAUCAAUGAUUCUUGCAAUAUGUGUACGUAUCGUCAAAUUGUUUUAUCAUAGAAUAUACAUAAUCAACUUAUUGCAUUUCUAAUCGAAUACAGGUUAUCCUUGCCUAUAACGUCUUCUAUACAUUCUUGUACAACUGAAGAUGUAUCAUUCAUUUAAUUAGGCCCUUAAAGGGGUAUUACCAGGAGUGGGUGUGAAUACUCAAGAAAUCUUUGUAGUAAACUCCGCCCUCUAGGCCUAGUCUUGCCCGGUCACAUAUGAUUAUUCAAGAACCACUAUUAUAUACCCCAUUUGGCCCCAUUGCAAUGUUACCCAAAGACGUUAUAGGCAGGGAUAUCCUGUACAUACCAGUAAUAAAAACACUUAAUAUACAAUU